AUGCUCAAUGGUAAAAUUACAUUUUUUCUUGAAAGCACGCCAGAUGUUGAAAGCGCUCUUUAUAAUUGUGCCCUAGUCAAUCCCAAAGCGUUUGAAAAAUUGAAAAAAGUAGCACAUUCUCAAUUAGAACUAGAAAAAAAUCGAUUUGUCGUACGAGUAGAACAAGUAAUUUUAGUUUUAAUGGUUAAUGCAAGUGUGCAAGAUGAAACAAUCAUUUGCAUUCCAGCAGUUUUAAGAAGUAAAUUGAAUAAAUCAACAGGUUCAAUUGUUCAAGUUGAGUUAGUAGAUUCCAGUUCUAAAUUUGAUCAAGCCAACGAAAUAUGUAUCACACUUGAUCGAUGGUCUCCUAACCAAAAAAAUUUACUUACAUUAGAUAAAGAAACUUUAAUUUCUACUAUCAAAACCAAAGUUUUGGCCAAUAUAGUCCAAAAAAAUCAAAUCUUAGCACUUGGCUAUGAUCAAAUUACAUUACCAGGAACAGUGACGGAACUAUUCGCAUCAAAGCGAAAUCUUGAGCGAGCCAUUAUAAAUUCUACUACAAAAAUCUCAUUACAAACUAAAAAUAACAAGAUUUUUCUUUCAGGCGAGGACGCCCUUUUCAAUACAACUUUCAAUUUUGAUCAAUUAGGAAUAGGAGGAUUACAAAAAGAAUAUGAAGAAAUUUUUAGGAGAGCAUUUAUAUCUCGAACAGUUUCUGCGCAGCUGAUGAACGAAAUUGGAAUUGACCCUGUCCGUGGGCUUUUGUUAUAUGGAUUACCAGGUACGGGAAAAACAUUGAUUGCGCGAAAAAUUGGACAAGCUCUAAAUGUGAAAAAUAUAAAGGUGAUAAACGGGCCUGAAAUCCUGAACAAAUACGUAGGGGAGUCAGAGAAGAAUAUCCGUGAAUUAUUUUGCGAAGCAGAAUCUGACUAUAAAAAAUACGGAUUAAAAUCUCCUUUGCAUAUUAUAAUUUUCGAUGAAAUCGACGCCAUUUGCAAACAAAGAGGAUCUUCUUCUGCGUCAACUGGGGUGAACGAUUCCGUAGUAAACCAGCUUUUAUCUAAAAUUGAUGGGGUAGAACAGCUGAAUAAUAUAUUGCUCAUUGGAAUUACCAAUCGUUACGACAUGCUUGAUGAUGCAUUACUUCGGCCCGGUCGUUUCGAAGUCCACGUCCCAAUCAAACUCCCUGACACGAAUGGCCGAUAUGAAAUUUUGAUGAUCCACACUAGUACUAUGCGAAAAAAUAAUAGACUCGAUGCGUCAGUAGAUUUGAAAAUGAUUGCAGAAACAACAGUCAACUACACAGGAGCGGAAUUGGCUGGGCUUGUGCGAAGUGCAGCCUCGUAUGCGCUCAGACGUAGUGCCAAUAUGGAUAACACCACUAACACAAAUCCCAAAGUAGACGAGAAAAACGUUAAACUUACAUUUUUAGACUUCGAGCUUGCGCUAAAUGAAGUAACACCGGCUUUUGGGGUUCCUCACGAACAAAUAAAACAAUAUCUUAAAUAUGACUUUAUAAUGUACAGCAAUGAAUAUGUAGAAGUACUCAACAAUCUAGAAACGAUGGUAUUAAAUUUGUGUCACAAAACUGGAAUACUAAGUGUACUUUUGCACGGCUUGCCAGGGAAUGGAAAAACGUCAUUUGCAAUUUGGCUGGCUUUGAAAGUCCAGUUUCCAUUUCUGAGAGUAAUCCGGAAUACUGACUACAUUGGUUCAUCUCAAAAUAUGAAAAUUCUGCAAAUUAGCGAAAUUUUUUCUGAAGCAUACAACUCUGAAAAAAGUGUCAUUGUUUUAGAUGAUAUAGAACAGAUAGUCGAAUAUUCUCCGCUUGGUCCUGUUUACAGCAAUACGAUUCUACAAGGUCUGACGGGACUAAUUACAACUCCACCACCUAAAAAUCAUAGUUUGCUAAUUAUAGCAACUACGUCAAGAGUCAACUGUCUACAGGAGCUCUGGAUGACAGACUCGUUUACAACUGAUGUACGCACAAAGGGGAUUUCUGAUUACUCAGAAUUGGUCAAAACUAUAGAAUCCUAUUUCACAAAAAACCAGUUUCGACUAGAAGAGAUAAAGCAAAUAGCAGAUAUUUGCUUUGAAAAUUACAAAUGCAGAGAAAUACCGAUUAAAAAAUUGUUUUACGCACUCGAAAUGGUCUUGGCGGAAAAGAAAAAGAAGUCAGGAGAUACCUCUUCCUACAGUACACUGCAUAAAAAUGCUUACGUAAAUUGUCUUAAAGCUUUUAAUAUUAUUUAA